CGGGGCGUGGGUGGGGCCUGGACGCUGCCGUAGCGGAGCAGAGCUGUAGCUACAGCCUCAGCCCUAAGUAGCUGCGGUGGGCGCCAGACCCGCCCCGCACCUCCCCGUGUCGCACCGCACCGCACCGCACCUCCCUGCUCUGGGAACCCGGCUGCACAUUCCGCCGCGUGCAGCUAGAUCUCCAGUCCCAUUGCACUGCCAGGAGCGAGCCGCUCGUCCCACACCCGAAGUCCCAGCACAAGGCUUGACCCAGAGCAACGUGCUCAGUAAAUAUUUGCUGAAAGAAUGAAUGGGAGGAACCGGGUUCCACCCCAGUCCUGAGACAACAUUUGGAGCAGAUGGCUUCUGUGACUGAUGGUAAAGCCGGAGUCAAAGAUGCUUCUGACCAGAAUUUUGACUACAUGUUCAAACUGCUCAUUAUUGGCAACAGCAGUGUUGGCAAAACCUCCUUCCUCUUCCGCUAUGCCGAUGACACCUUUACCCCAGCCUUUGUCAGCACUGUGGGCAUCGACUUCAAGGUGAAGACAGUCUACCGCCAUGAGAAGCGAGUGAAGCUGCAGAUCUGGGACACAGCUGGGCAAGAGCGGUACCGGACCAUCACCACAGCCUAUUACCGUGGGGCCAUGGGCUUCAUUCUGAUGUAUGACAUCACCAACGAGGAGUCCUUCAAUGCUGUCCAAGAUUGGGCUACUCAGAUCAAGACCUACUCCUGGGACAAUGCGCAGGUUAUCCUGGUGGGGAACAAAUGUGACAUGGAGGAAGAGAGGGUUGUUCCCACUGAGAAGGGCCGGCUCCUUGCAGAGCAGCUUGGGUUUGACUUCUUUGAAGCCAGCGCCAAGGAGAACAUCAGUGUGAGGCAGGCCUUCGAGCGCCUGGUAGAUGCCAUUUGUGACAAGAUGUCUGAUUCGCUGGACACAGACCCCUCUGUGUUGGGCACCUCCAAGAACACCCGUCUCUCAGACACCCCACCGCUGCUGCAGCAGAACUGCUCAUGUUAGGCAAGGCCCACCCUCCCGAUUUCCCCUUCUUGUGACCCCACACCCACUCUGCUUCCCGCAUUACACUCUGUCCACCCCCAGCCCCAAGCAAGCUGAGUUGCUGCUGUUCUUUGCCUGCAGUGGAGGUGGAAGCAUGCCCCUCGAAUUCUCUGCAGAUGGCCUCCCUUGCAGACACCCAGCCCCAAACCAACAACCAGGUCAUGGCAUGGGUUAAGGUUCACUUUACAAAAGAAGACUCAAUCUUACAAAGGGGAUUCACUUCAGGGAUGUGGAGAGCGAGUCUCUUUUCUGCCUUUAAAAUAAGAUUUCCUCCUUUGACCAAAAUUUGACACAUGCACACUUUUCAGGCCUGGCCAACUGGGUAAGUGAGGCCAACCUACACAGCUAAUCCUAUUAAAGAAAACCUCCUCAUACACAACAUGCUUGUUUCAUAUCAGACUCCCCGUGGGGCUUCCUCUCAAAGCCCUAUGCCUAUUACCAUGGAUGCCCACAGGGCCUGGGCAGUUGCUGUGGUGACAGGCCAGAGCUAAUCUCCAGAGAGCUCAGACUCUCUAAUGAUGCUGAAGGAGCAAAGGCUAAGCCAGAAAUACAUUUAAAAGAAAAGAUUAUUCCCUGCAAAAUGUCAAAGGUUCCUGCUAUAUUAAAGAGUAGACGAGUGAGCUCAAGAAAGAGAAAGAGAAAGAAAAGAGAAUCACAGGCAAGAUAAAGGAACAGGUCAUGACUUUCUGAUUUUGCUGCUUUCCAGGUGGUUCUUAACCGUGGGAACUCCAUGAAAUUGGUCUUUGUUUUUUACACUCCCAGAAUUUGAAAUAUUUAGAGUUACCUGGUCUGACUAGUCAAUUCCAGUCUUCACAUCUCUGAUAAGUGGCUGUCAGACCUCACAACCAAAUCUCUUUCUUCUAAAGCAUACCUUCUAGGCAGGGAUGGGAGCUUGUUGUCCGUACCAUCUUUGGGCAACUCUCAUAAUUGAAAGUUUUCCUUGCUUUAGGCUGAAAUCUGUGCCCUGGAAAUUCUUCUUCCUCUUUUUACCCCAUUUGUACCAGCUCUGCUGUCAGAGACCUCACAGUCUCUGCCCCUUGACACCCUCAGAUAAUUUGAGAACAGAAAUCAUGACCUCUGCCUUUUCUCCAAGUCAGAUAGUUCUGCUGUUCUUCAUGGUGUCUUCCCUCCAAACUGCCCUUUCCUCCAACCCAUCUUUCAAUCACUGCUGAGUAGUACAACUGGGAAAUGUAAUUUAAGGCAGAAUAAAUCUAGGGGGCAUGACCCUGAAAAAAUUGGGAAAACUGAACUCAGAGGUCCCAAUCCCAAACUCACCCUCCUGGGAGUGAAAUCUUAGUUUCCACUGAAGAGAGGAUGUGAAACCAUUCCUAGGGAAAGCUCCUUAAUUAAAGCUGCUUAAUUAGUCGCAUAAUGAGUAAAAGGAAAAACCAAAACCAAAAUCAAAACCACAUGAAAACCUUUGACACCAGAAACAAAUGGAGUGGAUUCUAGCUUGUUUAGACAUGGCACAUGUUUGGUUUUUAGCUGAAAUAAUGACAUGGAACUAGCACUGAUUCUUGAAAAAUCUUUCCUCCCAGCCCUAGCCCGAAUCCCCACUUCCCCCUUCACUAACAUGCCACCUCAGAAGUUGGUGGGGGAAGGGGGAGAAUCUCUCCCAAGUUUUUUGUCCAUUCCAAAUGCAGUUCGUUAUCCUAGGAAAGUACAUUAACUAGCAUAGGUCCAAUGACUGCAUAAGAGGACCCCCCAGAGUCCUCCCCAUGGAGUUGUUGCUUUCUUUGAUGUGAUGCAGAGGAUAGAGCUUUUGGACUUGGACUUGGAAUCAGGAGACCUGGACUCUGCCCUUAAAUCAAGUGUGACUCUGGACCAAUCACUCCAUCUCUGAGUCUUGAUUUCCCACCUAUAAAAUGUGGAGGUUAUUUGGGUAAUCUUUAAGGUCUCUUCUAGCACUAAUAAUUCUGUGACUCUUUUUUUCACUUUUAUCAUUUCAGUUUAUCUACAAAAUGAACCUGAGAGAUGAGGAUUAUCACCCCAAUGUCAUUGUAGCUAACACUGAGGUCAUGCUUACUCUGUACUAAACAUUGUUCUAAGCACUGUACAUAUAUUAACUUAUCUUCUCAAUAUCUUUGUGAGGGAUGCACUAUAAUCAACCUCAUUUAAAGAUGAGGUUAAGUAAGAUACAAAAAGGUUCUUUAGCAUGCCUAAGGUCACAUAACGAGUAAAUAGUAGAGCUGGGGUUCAAAUCCAGGCAGUAGGUUCUAAGGUCUGUGCUCUUUAUCACAUUCUAUAUGAUAUUUUUUAUAGAUAAACUAUGACCCAAAAAGGUUAAGACACUUGACCAAGAUGAUACAGCUAGCAAGUAUUAGAGCCCUGUUAGGAUUCAAUCCCAAGGCCAUCAGAUUCAGAGUCCACUGGAGAAAAGACUUAUGUCUCUAAUCUGUUAACAAAUUACUCAACUAUUAAGACUAAUCCAAGAUGAUGGAUAUCUAAUGCUUCUGGAAAGGAGUCAGUCUCUGAGGCAAUCAGGUCCCAAGGGCCUGAGCGAAAAUUGUCCAGUGUUUUUCAGGACCAAGUCCCUGUAUCUGUCUCUGUCAGGAAAUUCUUACCUACCUCUCAAGCAAUGCUUUAAGCAGCCUCCAGCAAUGGGGCAUUUUGCAGGAGUGACUUGAUUAACUUCUUCAACCAUGGACAAAUGUGAUCCCUUUACAGGCAGUGAUUCUUGAUGUGCUUUUUAUACUGCUAAGUCAAUACAGGUCAGGUAUAAUCACUAUUUUUCUGGGCAGUAACACCCAUCUAACCUAGUACUAGGAUUUCAAACUGAGCUCCUUGUGACCUUUGGAUAUUUUAGCACAUAUAUCCAACAAUCUUUUCUCUCAUACUGGAUAUCCAGGCAAAUAGUGAAAUUUCUACUUAAAAAUUGUUAAAGUCUUUAAAACUCAGGAGCUAGUUUAAGAGAGCAAUCAUCUUCACAACAGAUAGAAUCAAGAGUUAAAUGUGAUAAUGGCAAACCUACUGGGCAACAGACCAACAGAGCUGCUUGCUAGAUGGCAGUCCCCCAGACCUGCUCUGUGACCUCAUUUCUGCCACAUGGAAGCCAGGAGCUUCCAGCCGAUUACAGUGCAAUGUUUAUCAAUCACAGUAAUAGUGCAAUUAGCCACCAAGGUUCAAGCUGCAUAAUAUGUGUUAGUGGCAACUUGUCCCGGUUUUCAUCUUGCUUAACAAUCCAAAUAAAGGAAGACUAAACAAACAAACAAACAAACAAACAAACAAAAACCUCUUGGCCUCAAAAGAGGCAAAAGAAGGCCAAAUGUGCAAUACAGUAUCAUAGCUAUUUACAGAAUCUGUUUUAAAUGCAUGUGUAUCUGUAAAUACAAAGUGAUUCGUGA